AUGCGCUGCACCGCCCGCUCAUGCGCUGCACCGCACGCUCAUACGCUGCACUGCAACGCUGCACCGCCCGCUCAUACGCUGCACCGCACGCUCAUACGCUGCACCGCACGCUCAUACGCUGCACCGCACGCUCAUACGCUGCAACGCACGCUCAUUCGCUGCACCGCACGCUCAUCCGCUGCACCGCACGCUCAUACGCUGCACCGCACGCUCAUACGCUGCACCGCACGCUCAUACGCUGCACCGCACGCUCAUACGCUGCACCGCCCGCUCACACGCUGCACCGCCCGCUCAUGCGCUGCACCGCCCGCUCAUGCGCUACACCGCACGCUCAUACGCUGCACCGCCCGCUCAUACGCUGCACCGCCCGCUCAUACGCUGCACCGCCCGCUCAUACGCUGCACCGCUCGCUCAUACGCUGCACCGCCCGCUCAUACGCUGCACCGCCCGCUCAUACGCUGCACCGCCCGCUCAUACGCUGCACCGCCCGCUCAUACGCUGCACCGCACGCUCAUACGCUGCACCGCCCGCUCAUACGCCGCACCGCACGCACAUACGCUGCACCGCCCGCUCAUACGCUGCACCGCCCGCUCAUACGCUGCACCGCCCGCUCAUACGCUGCACCGCCCGCUCAUACGCUGCACCGCACGCUCAUACGCUGCACCGCACGCUCAUACGCUGCACCGCCCGCUCAUACGCUGCACCGCCCGCUCAUACGCUGCACCGCACGCUCAUACGCUGCACCGCCCGCUCGUACGCUGCACCGCCCGCUCAUACGCUGCACCGCCCGCUCAUACGCUGCACCGCCCGAUCAUCCGCUGCACCGCCCGCUCAUCCGCUGCACCGCACGCUCAUACGCUGCACCGCCCGCUCAUACGCUGCACCGCACGCUCAUACGCUGCACCGCCCGCUCAUACGCUGCACCGCACGCUCAUACGCUGCACCGCCCGCUCAUACGCUGCACCGCCCGCUCAUACGCUGCACCGCCCGCUCAUACGCUGCACCGCCCGCUCAUACGCUGCACCGCACGCUCAUACACUGCACCGCCCGCUCACACGUUGCACCGCACGCUCAUACGCUGCACCGCACGCUCAUACGCUGCACCGCACAGCUCAUACGCUGCACCGCACGCUCAUACGCUGCACCGCACGCUCAUACACUGCACCGCACGCUCAUACGCUGCACCGCACGCUCAUACGCUGCACCGCACGCUCAUACGCUGCACCGCCCGCUCAUACGCUGCACCGCCCGCUCAUACGCUGCACCGCACGCUCAUACGCUGCACUGCACGCUCAUACGCUGCACCGCACGCUCAUACGCUGCACCGCACGCUCAUACGCUGCACCGCACGCUCAUACGCUGCACCGCCCGCUCAUACGCUGCACCGCACGCUCAUACGCUGCACCGCACGCUCAUACGCUGCACCGCACGCUCAUACGCUGCACCGCCCGCUCAUACGCGGCAUCGCCCGCUCAUACGCUGCACCGCACGCUCAUACGCUGCACCGCACGCUCAUACGCUGCACCGCACAGCUCAUACGCUGCACCGCCCGCUCAUACGCUGCACCGCACGCUCAUACGCUGCACCGCCCGCUCAUACGCUGCACCGCACGCUCAUACGCUGCACCGAACGCUCAUACGCUGCACCGCAACGUUGCACCGCCCGCACAUACGCUGCACCGCACGCUCAUACGCUGCACCGCACGCUCAUACGCUGCACCGCACGCUCAUACGCUGCAACGCACGCUCAUACGCUGCAACGCACGCUCAUACGCUGCACCGCCCGCUCAUACGCGACAUCGCCCGCUCAUACGCUGCACCGCACGCUCAUACGCUGCACCGCACGCUCAUACGCUGCACCGCACAGCUCAUACGCUGCACCGCCCGCUCAUACGCUGCACCGCACGCUCAUACGCUGCACCGCACGCUCAUACGCUGCACCGCCCGCUCAUACGCUGCACCGCCCGCUCAUACGCUGCACCGCACGCUCAUAGGCUGCACCGCACGCUCAUACGCUGCAACGCAUGCUCAUACGCUGCACCGCCCGCUCAUACGCUGCACCGCACGCUCAUACGCUGCACCGCACGCUCAUACGCUGCACCGCACGCUCAUACGCUGCACCGCACAGCUCAUACGCUGCACCGCCCGCUCAUACGCUGCACCGCACGCUCAUACGCUGCACCGCCCGCUCAUACGCUGCACCGCACGCUCAUACGCUGCACCGCCCGCUCAUACGCUGCACCGCCCGCUCAUACGCUGCACCGCCCGAUCAUACGCUGCACCGCACGCUCAUCCGCUGCACCGCACGCUCAUACGCUGCACCGCACAGCUCAUACGCUGCACCGCCCGCUCAUACGCUGCACCGCACGCUCAUACGCUGCACCGCACGCUCAUACGCUGCACCGCACGCUCAUACGCUGCACCGCACAGCUCAUACGCUGCACCGCCCGCUCAUACGCUGCACCGCCCGCUCAUACGCUGCACCGCCCGCUCAUACGCUGCACCGCACGCUCAUACGCUGCACCGCACAGCUCAUACGCUGCACCGCCCGCUGAUACGCUGCACCGCACGCUCAUACGCUGCACCGCACGCUCAUACGCUGCACCGCCCGCUCAUACGCUGCACCGCCCGCUCAUACGCUGCACCGCACGCUCAUUCGCUGCACCGCACGCUCAUACGCUGCACCGCACGCUCAUACGCUGCACCGCCCGCUCAUACGCUGCACCGCCCGCUCAUACGCUGCACCGCCCGCUCAUACGCUGCACCGCACGCUCAUACGCUGCACCGCACGCUCAUACGCUGCACCGCACGCUCAUACGCUGCACCGCCCGCUCAUAUGCUGCACCGCCCGCUCAUACGCUGCACCGCAACGCUGCACCGCCCGCUCAUACGCUGCACCGCACGCUCAUACGCUGCACCGCACGCUCAUACGCUGCACCGCACGCUCAUACGCUGCACCGCACGCUCAUACGCUGCACCGCCCGCUCAUACGCUGCACCGCCCGAUCAUACGCUGCACCGCACGCUCAUCCGCUGCACCGCACGCUCAUACGCUGCACCGCCCGCUCAUACGCUGCACCGCACGCUCAUACGCUGCACCGCCCGCUCAUACGCUGCGCCGCCCGCUCAUACGCUGCGCCGCCCGCUCAUACGCUGCACCGCACGCUCAUACGCUGCACCGCCCGCUCAUACGCUGCACCGCCCGCUCAUACGCUGCACCGCCCGCUCAUGCGCUGCACCGCCCGCUCAUGCGCUGCACCGCCCGCUCAUGCGCUGCACCGCACGCUCAUGCGCUGCACCGCACGCUCAUACGCUGCACCGCACGCUCAUACGCUGCACCGCCCGCUCAUACGCUGCACCGCCCGCUCAUACGCUGCACCGCACGCUCAUACGCUGCACCGCACGCUCAUACGCUGCACCGCACGCUCAUACGCUGCACCGCCCGCUCAUACGCUGCACCGCCCGCUCAUACGCUGCACCGGAACGCUGCACCGCCCGCUCAUACGCUGCACCGCACGCUCAUACGCUGCACUGCACGCUCAUACGCUGCACCGCACGCUCAUACGCUGCACCGCACGCUCAUACGCUGCACCGCCCGCUCAUACGCUGCACCGCCCGAUCAUACGCUGCACCGCACGCUCAUCCGCUGCACCGCACGCUCAUACGCUGCACCGCCCGCUCAUACGCUGCACCGCACGCUCAUACGCUGCACCGCCCGCUCAUACUCUGCGCCGCCCGCUCAUACGCUGCGCCGCCCUCUCAUACGCUGCACCGCCCGCUCAUACGCUGCACCGCCCGCUCAUACGCUGCACCGCACGCUCAUACGCUGCACCGCCCGCUCAUGCGCUGCACCGCCCGCUCAUGCGCUGCACCGCACGCUCAUACGCUGCACCGCACGCUCAUACGCUGCACCGCCCGCUCAUACGCUGCACCGCCCGCUCAUACGCUGCACCGCCCGCUCAUACGCUGCACCGCCCGCUCAUACGCUGCACCGCACGCUCAUACGCUGCACGGCACGCUCAUACGCUGCACCGCACGCUCAUACGCUGCACCGCACGCUCAUACGCUGCACCGCACGCUCAUACGCUGCACCGCCCGCUGAUACGCUGCACCGCACGCUCAUACGCUGCACCGCCCGCUCAUACGCGGCAUCGCCCGCUCAUACGCUGCACCGCACACUCAUACGCUGCACCGCACGCUCAUACGCUGCACCGCACAGCUCAUACGCUGCACCGCCCGCUCAUACGCUGCACCGCACGCUCAUACGCUGCACCGCACGCUCAUACGCUGCACCGCCCGCUCAUACGCUGCACCGCACGCUCAUACGCUGCACCGCACGCUCAUACGCUGCACCGCACACUCAUACGCUGCACCGCACGCUCAUACGCUGCACCGCCCGCUCAUACGCUGCACCGCACGCUCAUACGCUGCACCGCACGCUCAUCCGCUGCACCGCACGCUCAUACUCUGCACCGCCCGCUCAUACGCUACACCGCCCGCUCAUACGCUGCACCGCACUCCCAUACGCUGCAUCGCACGCCCAUACGCUGCACCGCACGCCCAUACGCUGCACCGCCCGCCCAUACGCUGCACCACACGCUCAUACGCUGCACCGCCCGCUCAUACGCUGCACCGUCCGGUCAUACGCUGCACCGCACACUCAUACGCUGCACCGCACGCUCAUACGCUACACCUCCCGCUCAUACGCUGCACCGCACGCUCAUACGCUGCACCGCACGCUCAUACGCUGCACCGCCCGCUCAUACGCUGCGCCGCCCGCUCAUACGCUGCGCCGCCCGCUCAUUCGCUGCACCGCCCGCUCAUACGCUGCACCGCCCGCUCAUACGCUGCACCGCACGCUCAUACGCUGCACCGCACGCUCAUGCGCUGCACCGCACGCUCAUGCGCUGCACCGCACGCUCAUACGCUGCACCGCACGCUCAUACGCUGCACCGCACGCUCAUACGCUGCACCGCACAGCUCAUACGCUGCACCGCCCGCUCAUACGCUGCGCCGCACGCUCAUACGCUGCGCCGCACGCUCAUACGCUGCACCGCACGCUCAUACGCUGCACCGCACGCUCAUACGCUGCACCGCCCGCUAAUGCGCUGCACCGCACGCUCAUACGCUGCACCGCCCGCUCAUACGCUGCACCGCCCGCUCAUACGCUGCGCCGCCCGCUCAUACGCUGCACCACACGCUCAUACGCUGCACCGCCCGCUCAUACGCUGCACCGCCCGCUCAUGCGCUGCACCGCCCGCUCAUGCGCUGCACCGCCCGCUCAUGCGCUGCACCGCACGCUCAUACGCUGCACUGCAACGCUGCACCGCCCGCUCAUACGCUGCACCGCCCGCUCAUACGCUGCACCGCACGCUCAUACGCUGCACCGCACGCUCAUACGCUGCAACGCACGCUCAUUCGCUGCACCGCACGCUCAUCCGCUGCACCGCACGCUCAUACGCUGCACCGCACGCUCAUACGCUGCACCGCACGCUCAUACGCUGCACCGCACGCUCAUACGCUGCACCGCCCGCUCACACGCUGCACCGCCCGCUCAUGCGCUGCACCGCACGCUCAUGCGCUACACCGCACGCUCAUACGCUGCACCGCCCGCUCAUACGCUGCACCGCCCGCUCAUACGCUGCACCGCCCGCUCAUACGCUGCACCGCUCGCUCAUACGCUGCACCGCCCGCUCAUACGCUGCACCGCCCGCUCAUACGCUGCACCGCCCGCUCAUACGCUGCACCGCCCGCUCAUACGCUGCACCGCACGCUCAUACGCUGCACCGCCCGCUCAUACGCCGCACCGCACGCACAUACGCUGCACCGCCCGCUCAUACGCUGCACCGCCCGCUCAUACGCUGCACCGCCCGCUCAUACGCUGCACCGCCCGCUCAUACGCUGCACCGCCCGCUCAUACGCUGCACCGCACGCUCAUACGCUGCACCGCCCGCUCAUACGCUGCACCGCCCGCUCAUACGCUGCACCGCCCGCUCAUACGCUGCACCGCACGCUCAUACGCUGCACCGCCCACUCGUACGCUGCACAGCACGCUCGUACGCUGCACCGCCCGCUCAUACGCUGCACCGCCCGAUCAUCCGCUGCACCGCCCGCUCAUCCGCUGCACCGCACGCUCAUACGCUGCACCGCCCGCUCAUACGCUGCACCGCACGCUCAUACGCUGCACCGCCCGCUCAUACGCUGCACCGCACGCUCAUACGCUGCACCGCCCGCUCAUACGCUGCACCGCCCGCUCAUACGCUGCACCGCCCGCUCAUACGCUGCACCGCACGCUCAUACGCUGCACCGCCCGCUCACACGUUGCACCGCACGCUCAUACGCUGCACCGCACGCUCAUACGCUGCACCGCACAGCUCAUACGCUGCACCGCACGCUCAUACGCUGCACCGCACGCUCAUACGCUGCACCGCACGCUCAUACGCUGCACCGCACGCUCAUACGCUGCACCGCACGCUCAUACGCUGCACCGCCCGCUCAUACGCUGCACCGCACGCUCAUACGCUGCACUGCACGCUCAUACGCUGCACCGCACGCUCAUACGCUGCACCGCACGCUCAUACGCUGCACCGCACGCUCAUACGCUGCACCGCCCGCUCAUACGCUGCACCGCACGCUCAUACGCUGCACCGCACGCUCAUACGCUGCACCGCACGCUCAUACGCUGCACCGCCCGCUCAUACGCGGCAUCGCCCGCUCAUACGCUGCACCGCACGCUCAUACGCUGCACCGCACGCUCAUACGCUGCACCGCACAGCUCAUACGCUGCACCGCCCGCUCAUACGCUGCACCGCACGCUCAUACGCUGCACCGCCCGCUCAUACGCUGCACCGCACGCUCAUACGCUGCACCGAACGCUCAUACGCUGCACCGCAACGUUGCACCGCCCGCACAUACGCUGCACCGCACGCUCAUACGCUGCACCGCACGCUCAUACGCUGCACCGCACGCUCAUACGCUGCAACGCACGCUCAUACGCUGCAACGCACGCUCAUACGCUGCACCGCCCGCUCAUACGCGACAUCGCCCGCUCAUACGCUGCACCGCACGCUCAUACGCUGCACCGCACGCUCAUACGCUGCACCGCACAGCUCAUACGCUGCACCGCCCGCUCAUACGCUGCACCGCACGCUCAUACGCUGCACCGCACGCUCAUACGCUGCACCGCCCGCUCAUACGCUGCACCGCCCGCUCAUACGCUGCACCGCACGCUCAUAGGCUGCACCGCACGCUCAUACGCUGCAACGCGUGCUCAUACGCUGCACCGCCCGCUCAUACGCUGCACCGCACGCUCAUACGCUGCACCGCACGCUCAUACGCUGCACCGCACGCUCAUACGCUGCACCGCACAGCUCAUACGCUGCACCGCCCGCUCAUACGCUGCACCGCACGCUCAUACGCUGCACCGCCCGCUCAUACGCUGCACCGCACGCUCAUACGCUGCACCGCCCGCUCAUACGCUGCACCGCCCGCUCAUACGCUGCACCGCCCGAUCAUACGCUGCACCGCACGCUCAUCCGCUGCACCGCACGCUCAUACGCUGCACCGCACAGCUCAUACGCUGCACCGCCCGCUCAUACGCUGCACCGCACGCUCAUACGCUGCACCGCACGCUCAUACGCUGCACCGCACGCUCAUACGCUGCACCGCACAGCUCAUACGCUGCACCGCCCGCUCAUACGCUGCACCGCCCGCUCAUACGCUGCACCGCCCGCUCAUACGCUGCACCGCACGCUCAUACGCUGCACCGCACAGCUCAUACGCUGCACCGCCCGCUGAUACGCUGCACCGCACGCUCAUACGCUGCACCGCACGCUCAUACGCUGCACCGCCCGCUCAUACGCUGCACCGCCCGCUCAUACGCUGCACCGCACGCUCAUUCGCUGCACCGCACGCUCAUACGCUGCACCGCACGCUCAUACGCUGCACCGCCCGCUCAUACGCUGCACCGCCCGCUCAUACGCUGCACCGCCCGCUCAUACGCUGCACCGCACGCUCAUACGCUGCACCGCACGCUCAUACGCUGCACCGCACGCUCAUACGCUGCACCGCCCGCUCAUAUGCUGCACCGCCCGCUCAUACGCUGCACCGCAACGCUGCACCGCCCGCUCAUACGCUGCACCGCACGCUCAUACGCUGCACCGCACGCUCAUACGCUGCACCGCACGCUCAUACGCUGCACCGCACGCUCAUACGCUGCACCGCCCGCUCAUACGCUGCACCGCCCGAUCAUACGCUGCACCGCACGCUCAUCCGCUGCACCGCACGCUCAUACGCUGCACCGCCCGCUCAUACGCUGCACCGCACGCUCAUACGCUGCACCGCCCGCUCAUACGCUGCGCCGCCCGCUCAUACGCUGCGCCGCCCGCUCAUACGCUGCACCGCACGCUCAUACGCUGCACCGCCCGCUCAUACGCUGCACCGCCCGCUCAUACGCUGCACCGCCCGCUCAUGCGCUGCACCGCCCGCUCAUGCGCUGCACCGCCCGCUCAUGCGCUGCACCGCACGCUCAUGCGCUGCACCGCACGCUCAUACGCUGCACCGCACGCUCAUACGCUGCACCGCCCGCUCAUACGCUGCACCGCCCGCUCAUACGCUGCACCGCACGCUCAUACGCUGCACCGCACGCUCAUACGCUGCACCGCACGCUCAUACGCUGCACCGCCCGCUCAUACGCUGCACCGCCCGCUCAUACGCUGCACCGGAACGCUGCACCGCCCGCUCAUACGCUGCACCGCACGCUCAUACGCUGCACUGCACGCUCAUACGCUGCACCGCACGCUCAUACGCUGCACCGCACGCUCAUACGCUGCACCGCCCGCUCAUACGCUGCACCGCCCGAUCAUACGCUGCACCGCACGCUCAUCCGCUGCACCGCACGCUCAUACGCUGCACCGCCCGCUCAUACGCUGCACCGCACGCUCAUACGCUGCACCGCCCGCUCAUACUCUGCGCCGCCCGCUCAUACGCUGCGCCGCCCUCUCAUACGCUGCACCGCCCGCUCAUACGCUGCACCGCCCGCUCAUACGCUGCACCGCACGCUCAUACGCUGCACCGCCCGCUCAUGCGCUGCACCGCCCGCUCAUGCGCUGCACCGCACGCUCAUACGCUGCACCGCACGCUCAUACGCUGCACCGCCCGCUCAUACGCUGCACCGCCCGAUCAUACGCUGCACCGCCCGCUCAUGCGCUGCACCGCCCGCUCAUGCGCUGCACCGCACACUCAUGCGCUGCACCGCACGCGCAUACGCUGCACCGCACGCUCAUACGCUGCACCGCACGCUCAUACGCUGCACCGCCCGCUCAUACGCUGCACCGCACAGCUCAUACGCUGCACCGCACGCUCAUACGCUGCACCGCACGCUCAUACGCUGCACCGCCCGCUCAUACGCUGCACCGCACGCUCAUACGCUGCACCGCACGCUCAUACGCUGCACCGCACGCUCAUACGCUGCACCGCACAGCUCAUACGCUGCACCGCCCGCUCAUACGCUGCACCGCACGCUCAUACGCUGCACCGCACGCUCAUACGCUGCACCGCACGCUCAUACGCUGCACCGCACGCUCAUACGCUGCACCGCACGCUCAUACGCUGCAACGCACGCUCUUACGCUGCACCGCCCGAUCAUGCGCUGCACCGCACGCUCAUCCGCUGCACCGCACGCUCAUACGCUGCACCGCCCGCUCAUACGCUGCACCGCACGCUCAUACGCUGCACCGCACGCUCAUACGCUGCACCGCACGCUCAUACGCUGCACCGCCCGCUCAUACGCGGCAUCGCCCGCUCAUACGCUGCACCGCACGCUCAUACGCUGCACCGCACGCUCAUACGCUGCACCGCACAGCUCAUACGCUGCACCGCCCGCUCAUACGCUGCACCGCACGCUCAUACGCUGCACCGCCCGCUCAUACGCUCCACCGCACGCUCAUACGCUGCACCGCACGCUCAUAUGCUGCACCGCAACGUUGCACCGCCCGCUCAUACGCUGCACCGCACGCUCAUACGCUGCACCGCACGCUCAUACGCUGCACCGCACGCUCAUACGCUGCAACGCACGCUCUUACGCUGCACCGCCCGAUCAUACGCUGGACCGCACGCUCAUCCGCUGCACCGCACGCUCAUACGCUGCACCGCCCGCUCAUACGCUGCACCGCAACGCUGCACCGCCCGCUCAUACGCUGCACCGCACGCUCAUACGCUGCACCGCCCGCUCAUACGCUGCACCGCGCGCUCAUACGCUGCACCGCGCGCUCAUACGCUGCACCGCCCGCUCAUCCGCUGCACCGCACGCUCAUCCGCUGCACCGCCCGCUCAUACGCUGCACCGCCCGCUCAUACGCUGCACCGCCCGCUCAUACGCUGCACCGCCCGCAAAUACGCUGCAACGCCCGCUCAUACGCUGCACCGCGCGCUCAUACGCUGCACCUCCCGCAAAUACGCUGCAACGCCCGCUCAUACGCUGCACCGCACGCUCAUACGCUGCACCGCACGCUCAUACGCUGCACCGCCCGCUCAUACGCUGCACCGCACGCUCAUAUGCUGCACCGCCCGCUCAUACUCUGCGCCGCCCGCUCAUACGCUGCGCCGCCCUCUCAUACGCUGCACCACACGCUCAUACGCUGCACCGCCCGCUCAUACGCUGCACCGCCCGCUCAUACGCUGCACCGCCCGCUCAUACUCUUCACCGCCCGCUCAUAUGCUGCACCGCCCGCUCAUACGCACGCACUUACACUGCACCGCACGCACAUACACUGCACCGCCACUGCACAACCUACCGACUCAAAGUGUUACCUGCCACUCACUCGAGGCCGGUGA